CCGACAUCACUCCGUUUUCUCUCUCUCUCUCUCUUUCCCUUUCUCUCUCUCUGGAUCCGAAAUCGGCAAAAUCUGAACCCUAAAUUUCUUGGGGCUUUCACUUCGUAGAUCGCGAUAAUGGAGAUGGGGACCUCUUUCUAUUUUCUACCGUUUUGAAAGGUUUAUGGAUCGCUUCUGAAUCCAACGUUACAGGAUCCGAUCCCUAAUUUUCUAUGAUCGUACUCUUAAUGAGACGCCAUCAGGGAAGGGCUCAUAUGAGUUGCACGAUUUUAGACAGUUUAGUGUUUUUUGCAACAAUUGGAAUAUAAUAAAGCAUCUCUUGGUUCAUUUGAUAUGCACAAAAUGGAUAAGUGGAAAGGUUCUGGAACACUAGGACGACUGGGGCCGAGAGGUGGUUCUAUGACUUCUUACAAGUAUGCUCUUCUGUUGUCACCUGUUGUCUCUUUCUGGGAUUGCAUUGUCAGGAAAAUGAGGUAUUCCUUCAGACCUGAGUGGGUGUAGUGUUUAGGAUAGUACAAUAUAGUAUAUUUUAAUAAAGUGAUCCACUAUAGAUUUUAUAGUAUCAUGAUGAAAGAAUGGAAAAACAAUUACGAGGAUAUAUAUACUACUUACAACUAGUUCUUUGAAAAGGAGAUUGAAAAUAUUAGAGUUAGAUAUGGCUAGUUUUGUGGCUAGUAUGGGUAAUAAAGGACAACCUAUCGUGAAGAAAGCAAAAAAGAAGCAGGUGAAGGAUGAGUUGGAUCGUCAGAAACAAGCUGAGAAGAAAAAGAGGCGGUUAGAAAAAGCUCUUGCCACUUCAGCAGCUAUUAUAUCUGAACUUGAAAAGAAAAAACAAAUGAAGAAGGAAGAACAGCAAAGACUAGACGAAGAAGGUGCUGCUAUUGCUGAGGCUGUUGCUCUGCAUGUCCUGAUUGGUGAAGAUUCAGAUGACUCAUACAAGAUUCUUCUUAACAACAACGGUCUCAACCCUUGGGAGUGCCCUGGGCAGUUCGACCACGUAAUGAAUGUUACAAGACCUGCCAUUCCAGUGCAGGAGUUCGGGAGGUGUUCCCUUGAAGGGACUGGUUGGACCUCUAAUAUCGAAAGAUUUGGAUCAAUGUGGCACGGUUUUAGGAAUGACUACUGGUCAGUUUCAACUGGACCUUAUGCUGAAGAUCACCAUGUGUUAUACGAGCAAGUUGAUGGUGCUGUAAGUGAGAUUUCUGCUGGUAUUAUAGCAGCGCAGGCUGUCUCAUCACUUCAGAUAACAGUAGAUGGGGAUGAAGAAAUAGACGUUCUUAACAGAAUGCGAAGGGGUAUGUAAAUUCCACACAUUUGAAAUGGAGGUAGUUUGGUUUGGUACAUGUUUGCAGAAUUGUUUGCCUCUUCAUUGUCGACCUGAAUCCUGUCAUUUAUCUGGGAGAUUUGUCGUCUUUUUGUGGGGAGUAAUAAGUUAUCUUGUACCCAGAGUCGUAGUCGUUCUUAGACCUUAAGCUUUCAAAUUCAACCUUGUGCAGUUGAUGUGUUGGUGUGCUCCAAGGGCACGCCCAACAACAGUUAAUGCAUUCUUGCCAAGGUUGCUCACUCAGAUCCCUUAGUCCUGUGGCUUGUUGAAUUGUAUUUUAUAUGAAUUUGUAUCAUAGAAAUGUUUCAAUGACUUUAACUGGAUUGCUUUUUCUGCUUGGGAUUGAAUGCUGCAAUUAGUUACUAAUUCACGUA